GCUGAUUGGCUGUUUGUAGGCAGCAGGGGGCGGAGCAAGUUCAACCUGUUCCUCCUGGAUUCCACCUGAGGCCGAUCACAGUGAAUGGCAGCCGGACGUAAGAAACAUGUUCUCCUUCAGAGUCGGGAAAAACAACGUUGGGAGUCAAUGCAACAUCAUCAGAUGGUUUCUCCAGGCGCUGACGUUCUUCAUCAUCCUGCUGUUCAUCGUCGUCAUCUUCCUGAAGCUCUACAACGACCAAAAGCUCACAGAUAUAACUAAAAAUGUGCUGAGCUCCAGUCGGGACGCCAAGUUGGGCUCCAACGAAGAAGGGUCAUGUUCCAGGAAGAACGUCUGUCCAGGGAAUCACAUCGGUUUCUUCGUCCAGAGCGGAGCUGCGAACGUCGUUCCUCCAAAGAUCUGCGUCAACAACAAGCUGGCUUUAGGAACCGUUUUGAACAACGCUGACGCCGGAAUCAACAUCGUGGUGGUAAAUGGUAAAUCCGGAGACGUCCUGAAGACGGAUCACUUCAACAUGUACAGCGGCGAAGUGGAACCACUCAUCGAGUUCCUGAAGAACAUCGAGAUGGGUUCUGUGGUUCUGAUGGCCGUCUUCGACGAGGGAUCUAAAAAGUUAAAUGAGGAGGCCCGGACUCUGAUCUCGGACCUGGGCAGCUCCGUCAUCCAUUCCCUGGGAUAUCGGGAUAACUGGGUGUUUGUUGGUGGGAAAGGGACGACGGGGAAAAGCAACUUCGAGAAGCACAUGAAGAGCGACGAUUCCAAAAACAAGUACGAGAACUGGCCUGAGAUGGUGGAGAUGGAGGGCUGCAUUCCCAAAUACGUGUAAUAAUCCUGGAAAAAUCAGCAAGAAGCUGCAGGACGGGAUCUUUAGGACUUAUUAAACUGAUCUGUAUAAAUCCAUGAGAUCCUCCACAUCCUGCAGAAAGCUGGGCCUGAUGCUGUGACUCAGAGUCCAGGUUAAAUUAAAAUAAUCCGGUCAGCUUUGGAUGGAAUAAUUAAUCUGUAUUCAAAGGAAAACAGGAAACAUCUAAACAUCUCCACUGAUCCAGGAUCCUAAUCCAUCUGGAAUAAUCCUGCUGCUGCUGACAUUUAACUUUCCUCAAAGUCCAGCUUCACCUGCAGGAGCUUCUGGAGACAAUUUCCAGACUUCAGCAGAUUAAAAGCAAAUUAACAGAUUAUUAGGGGAUCAUGAGGAGGCACGGUGUUUUUACAGGAAGGGGAUUUGAUGAAUUUUCGUUGUCAGAUAGAAAAAGUGGGAAAAGGUAAAAAAAAUAAAUAUUUCUAUUAGAAUGAAACAUUUAUAUUCUGGUUUUUAACUUAUUUUUCUGUUUUUUAUUAAAUAAAUCAUGUUUUUACUUUAUGAUCUUUGUUUUAAACUUUCAUUUUAAUCGUAAAGAAACCAUUAAUCAACUGAAAUAAACAGAAAAAGCAGACUAGUUAGUUAGUUAGUUAGUUAGUUAGUGACAGAUACAAAAUAACAGGGACAAAUUCCAGAAUUUUGAUUAAAGUCAGAAUUUUUUAAUUAAAGUCAGAAUUCUGAAUUUAAAAUCAGAAUUAUGUAUUUAAAGUCAGAAUUCUAAGAUUAAUGUCGGGUUUCUUCUUUUUUCCAGUGACCCUAAUUUUCUUCCGAAUGUUUUUGACUCAGCCGGAGUUCGGUUUGUUUGUUGUUUUUUUUAACAUAUUGAAUCUGGUCUUAAACUUUAAAUUGAUAGCGAGUGAAUGCCAAAUUAAGAGAGCGGUUUGAAAUAAAAGUGUUUUUAUAAUAAGCAACCUUACAUUCCAGCUACUAAAAGCUGCUCUGGUAGAUCUGCUGUCGCCCUGCAGUUACUAAAAUAACCACAGACAAGACUGGAAUAAAUUCUUCCUGGAAGUAAAACAAGAAGGACCGGAGGAACAAAGUCAACUCUAAAACAUUCCAACCCAAUUAAGGAACAAACACAACGGUUGUUUUGCUGAGGAAGAAGGUGAAAAGUCAUCAGUUCUGAACAGAUUGACCCCUCUGACCCCAAACGGAUCCAGAACUUUCAGGAGGAACUGAAUAGUUAAUAUAGAGAAGAACUGUUUCUGUUCUGGUCCGAACUGUGAGCCCUUUUUUCUCAUCACAACGUUCCCCAAUCUAUCUAGAAUAUGUAGAGGAGAAAGAUUCAUUUGUGUGGAUUAUUAGAUUAUUUUGUGUUGUGAAAUGUAAUUUCUAAGCAAUAGAACAAUAAAAAUGCAGCAAAGCGGCUCAAUUUACAGCUCUACAUGAACUCUGCUGCCAACUAGUGGUUAAAUGUAAAAUAACAACAACAAAAAUAACUAACUGCAAAAGCGCAAAAUCUUACCACGUAUUUUUGGUCUAGUUUCUUUUGCAAAUAUCUCAACACACUUGAAAUAAGACAAUGUAUUCUUGUGAAAUAAUAUAAUAGUUCAACCAGUAGUGUUUUGUCAAUACUAAGCAAUUAUUGACUUAAAACAAGUUCCUAUAUCUUGCUGAAGUUAUUUGUGACUUUGUUUUGUCUUAUUUCAAGUGUAUUAAGAGUUUUGCACUUUAAGAUUUUGUGUUUUUGCAGUGAAGUUAUAGCUUAUAAACUCUGAGUAUUAAAAAGUAUCCACAUAUAAACGUUUUGAGAUGGAUUAAUUUAAAUAUGUCAAUAAAUGUUGCAUUAAUUGUUGUAAAUCGAGUCUAACACAGUGCAUGUGUGACUUUUAAAAACUGAGGCGAUCCAAACCAAUAACAUGUGGAUAACUGAGGUUAAAAAAGUGUUAAGUCUAGGGUUCCCAACAAUAAGUUGAAACUAUUUUCUUAUGGAAUGAAAUUUAAACAUAUUUUAAACUUGUUUUAAGAGCCUAUAAGACUGCAGAAAAAGCAGCUGUGUUUAUUUAGGGAGGACCUGACUUAUUUGUUUUUCUCAAGGAAUUUUGCAGGAAGUUCACUGUUUAAUUUUGAUAACUCAAAUAAAACAGAAGAAACUCAGAGAUAAGGGGACAAACAGUGACAACUGAAGACAAACAGACAGAGGACUUGUCCUACAGGAUUUAAAGUUCCUGUGGAUCAGAUGAAAUCAGAUUUCUUGGUUAAUUUCUCCUAAUUAUAUUCAGUGUUGUCUGAACAAACACUUUACAUCCUGCAGACCUCCUGUUCUGAGAGCUGUUUUAACCCUGAAGCAACAGAAAUGACUUUUUAAAGCUAGAAAAUUUCACAUCUCUUCCUCUUCACUUCCUUUGUUGAAAAUCAUCCACAAUUGCUCAAGUAAAGCUCCAAAAAUUUAGAAUAUUAUGAAAAAUAUCACGAAAAAGAGAUUCUUUUUGUUAAGCAUUUCAGAAACAGUCCAGUUCUUUACCUCUCAAACAUAUACCUUCCUCUCAACGUUUUAUGAAUGUGCUACAGCGUUUUCUGAGACAUUAAAUUUUGAGUUUUCAUCAUCUGUAA